AUGACCACAUCCUCUGAGGACAUCCCAGGGUUUUUAAACAUAUCCAACGAAAUCUUACUUACUGUCUUUAGACUAUGCAGAAGCACAGAACGAAACCACCAAAAUGACACCAUUUCCAGCCUGAGAUUGACCUGCAAGAGGUUUUGCCUGCUCUGCAGCGAUUAUGCUGUUCGUCGCUGCGGCACUUUAGACUUCAGCUGCCCAGAGAGUGUUAAGCUAUUUAGCCAAGUUCUUGAAAACCCUCGAAUCGCAGAGGGAGUACACGAGGUGAAUGUCCGAUUGCAUUUUUACCAUCCGUGGAUUGCAGCCAGUCUUGGCAAUUUUGCCGCAGCCGUUUUAUCUGAAUGGGGUCAACGAACUCAAAUUUUCGAUGCAAUUGACACCAACUUGGGUGGGCAAGUUUCAUUUGAGAGUCUGAUGCAACGGUUCAUCAAUGAGGUACACAUGCAUAAUAAUGCGUCUGUAGAGUCAUCUACAUCACGCAACACGGCAAGCCCGACAGACUUUGCGGACAGUAUCCUUCGACAUGCCUACAGAAAGUAUAAAGAAAGCUACGAUUUGCAGAAGCUCUGUCAUGGCGGCGGCGCAUUCGAAUUGGUGGUAGCCAAGAUCUUGACGAGACUGCCCAACAUCCGGCACGUCAUGCUUCACGACGGUGUUCUCACAAACAACUAUGAUCUAGGCCGCAAGUUUGACCCAGUUGGCGAACAAGACAUCUCAGCUCAAGCCGAUAUUCUAAUUGAAGUUCUUUCUCGGCCAAUACUAUGGGAAGAAGCACGUUGGAUCCAACCAAACGAAUUCAUCUGGCCUGGGGUUCCGACGAGACUACUUGUGGAUAUUCCACUUGCACUAGGCGCAGUAGAUUCACUGCUCAUCGAUCAACUCUCUAUCCAUAUAUCAGCUACGCCGGAUUACACAAUGAUGCAACUCAGCAGAGAUGACCGCGACAAGUUAUCAGAUGCCAUCAAGCGUCUUGACCUUAUGCAGUUCAGCUUUCAGCCAAGGUGCCGUAGCGGUUGUGGCCCAUGGAUCAGAAAUGAAGACGAGAAUAAUACGGCCAGGACAGCGACUGAGAUGGAAGUCAUAAACGAAUACUUGGGAGCAAUCUUCAACGCCGGAUGCAUCUCACAUGCAGAUAUCAACCUCGGCGAGUUUUGGUACAGCCUAGGUCUUAAAUCCAUGCUUGCUGCUCCGACCUCAGUUGGUAUCGGAUUUACAUGGCCCCCAGGAACUAACCUACGCUCAAUCCAUCUGACCGAGAUCUCAGUCACCACUACAGAACUUGGAACAUUGGCUGCGGCUCUUGACGUCGGAUCAGAGAUUUCGUUGUUUUUAGUUCACAUCGGAGUUGGCUUCUGGCGAGAUGCUCUUCAAACAUUGAGAAACGGGCUACGUGAUCCGCAGUCAGUCUCCAUCAGACAUCCACUUGGUGGUGAGGUUCAGGACCUCCCACAGGAUCAAAUUGAGUCAGCUUUCUGCUCGCGACAUACAGAAGAGGGCACAAAAGCUGAAUGUUAUGUUAUGGGCAGAAUGGUAGAGAAUCCACUCAGUGAAGCUGGAUAG